AUCCCACAUCCACCACAUCCACGGGCCCCCAGUAUUAUUCGCAAGUGGUAGCAGGGCCGCGUUUGCGUUUCGCCGCAUCGCAAUAUCUGAAAUCAAAACCAAAAUCAAAUUUGUACCGGUUGGUACUCAUAAUCAAAGCGAAAUAAAACUUACUUCUCUGCGAGCCACAUGCACAUUAAUUGAUGUUUAAAGGUAUUACAAACACAAGAUGAAUACCAAAAACAUGCAAAACAAACCCAUGGAUGGGGGAAAAUUUCUAGAGAUGUUGUCAACAAUAUCAUUGGAAGAAAUACUAAAAUUUGAGUUUCGUCGCAACACAACAAGCAAAUGGGUAUUAUUGAUAAGUCCUCAGGAUCAGAAGUAUACUUGUAAUAUUUGCCGUGUUGUCCAGUUUGGCGGCAAAAAUUUGUUCAGCCACCUUAGUGGUAAAAAACAUAACUCGGUUAUGGUAGCUGAACAACAAUUGCAAAUAAGAAUCAGACCAGCUGGUGGUCCACAGAAAGCGGUUCCAGAGCCCUUUAAAAAAGGACCGAACCCCACGAAUAACAAAAACAGUUCUUCCCCGGUUGUAAAAAAUACCCCUGCUUCCAACAAAAAUGUUCAAAACAAAAAUAAUGCCAAUACUAAUGCUGCCGGCAAGCAGACAGCUGGAAACUCAGCUGUAAAAGCUCAACCCGUUCAGAAGAAAAUUUCAGCUAUUGGCGUAAACGCACAAAAAAUUGCCAGCCCGAAUUCGGGAAAUAAUUCACCCAUUCAAAAGAAUAUUUCAGCAAAUAAUCAAAACAAUCAAAAUAAUAUUGCAGGAAAUAAUACGUCCACUCAAAAUAAUAUUGCAGGAAAUAAUACAUCCACUCAAAAUAAUAUUGCAGGAAAUAAUACACCCACACAAAAGAAAAUUGCAGGGAAUAAUGCACCCGUUCAAAAGAAUAUUCCAGUUAUUGGUGCGAACGCACAGAAAAAACCCAAUGCAAACGCGGCAAAUAAUCAAGCAAAGAAACCGGUUGCCAACCCAGCUAACCCUGGGAUUAAAAAGGGACCUCAGCCUACAGCACAAAGCACAGCGGGUCCUUCGAACAUUUCAAAGAACUUAGGAAGUCCUGCACCCAAACCCAUUGGGAGCAAUACCAAUUCUCAGCCGAAACCUACUGUCAAAACUACACCUAAUUCACAGUCCCCAGCAAAAAUUCAGACCCAAGCACAAACACCCGCUCAAAGACAAUUACAACCCCAAGCGAAGCCACAGCCGAACAAAACUGUGCAGAAUGCUAGACCCAAUAAUCCAAAUAUUGUCAAGAAUCCGCUGGCCACUAAAAUAACUUGUGUUCCGCUUGCCAAGCUAAUCAGCUCCAAUCCAGAACCCCCCGAGCCUGAUGAGGAUGUCAUAAUUAUCGAUGAACAAUCUAAAGAGGUUCCCAGCCAACCAAAAGAGGUUGCCAACAAACCAAAAGAGUUUCCCCAAAAACCAAAAGAGGCCCCCAAACAAUCAAAGGAGGCUCCGAAACAAGCGGCAACUCAGAAAAAUCCCAUUCCCAUUCAAACAUCCAAACCGAAUGCUUCGACUGUUCGUCCUAAUAUGCAUAAGGUAAUAACCCCUUCAUAUGCUGUCCCAAAGGAUUACGCACCAGCUAGAUACACUGGCGGCACAUUUGAGUCUAGAAGUCCAAAUGAUGUAAUGGGUCUCGUUGGCGUAGAGUACGUCUUAAAGAUUGUAAGGAACUUGGCCGAUAAAAGCGCCAGAUACCAAUGCUGCUUAUGCGAGAUCACCGCUGAUGAGCAGUCGAUGCACAACCAUUUGCUGGGCUACAACCACCGUUUAAAGUAUUUCGACAAGCAUUUCCCCACUGCAAUGCGUCAGUACCGUCAGUAUGUCUCUCAGGUUCCAGAAAGCGAAGUGUGCAAGAUAAUGAUGCCCGUUUUUGAUAAGCUUGCAACGGCGAUUGAAACCCAUCACGGCCGCAAAACUGCCCAUCUGUGCUAUGAACAUGUUUAUGCCAAAGAUCGCCAGGCGUUGUUCUCGCAGGUGUACAAUAGAAAGCAUUCAUCCGAAAAGGUGGGUCCGUCGUUCACCCACGUCGUUGAUGCCAAAGAGGUUGACGAAUUGAUUGAAAAGGCCAGGAACAACGUUCAGCCCAUGAUGAACAUGGAAAAUCCGAACCCAUAUUUCGUUCCGCCAUAUGUAGCUCAGGGUCCGCCCAAUUAUAUGCGCUACCAGAAUGUGCCACCAAAAAAUACAUCACAUACUGUUGAUGACGAAACGCACAAGCGGAUGGUUGAGAACUUCCUCAGGGACACCAGACAAAGUUCAGGCGACGUCCAGAAGUCUCGAAACCCGAAACGCAACCGUUCCAGAUCCAAUUCGCCGGAUCAGAGGAAGAGAGUCGCCUCGAAGAGGACUUGGAAUGUGGAGCGCAGGUCGGUGUCUCCCUUGCGCGAUGGGGACAUUUGGCAGGCCUACCGGCACAUGGUUAACCUCAAGGUGCGUGAGCUAAACGAUUCCUUUGACACCUACAAAGCCGACCCGGAACAGCAUCCGAAUUAUCAGACCGAGUGGCAAAUGUUUUGGAAGCGCCGCAAGGAUGAACUUACACUGGCUGGCAUCAAUCAUCGUUCGUAUAAUUUCCAAAACGAAUGGAUUCAUUUCUUUAAUGCCCGUAUCGAGGAACUGUACAAUCAAGAUAUUGAAAAUAUCAAAAUAAAAUGCCGCGAACGGUUGUGCUUGCCAAUGACCAAUGACGAAUUGAGCAACGAAAAGUAUCACGUUCAUUUGCCCAAAAAUUCAGAGACAAAUAUGAGUACUGCGGAACCCAACAAGGGGCCUCAGAAAAUGCCCAUGGAUGUGGAUCCUCCGAUUGUGGAGCCACCGAAUGUUAUUCACGUGCUUCGCCUGUUGACGGCUUUGGAAAAUUACCUCGGUAGUUUAGGUCCUUUCAUCACUGAAAUGCUAGUGAAAGCCCUGCAAACGCAGAAGAUUUAUCCUGAAAAAGUGCAUACUUUAAUUUUAACAGCUGAAAAUUGUGCCAUCUUGGAAACGGUUAAGGAAAAGUUUACGGGUCUCUUGAUCUCCCAAAUUUAUGAUCCCGCUAAGGAACGGGCCUUGAAAAAAGCCAUUAGUGACACCGAACUUCUGCUUCAAGAGGCCAGUAAAUAUAACCAUCCUAAAGAAAGCGCUCAGCGGGCCGAAAAACCAAAUUUGCCGAUGGCUAACCAAAAUACGAUUAGUCCCGAUAAACCAUUGGAUAAAACCCAGCUUGCCGCAAAGCUGGCUUCUUCUCUGGUGUCCCAAGGCAAAACAUCUAUUAACCGGGAAGAACUUCAGAAAAUACUUCAAGUUUAUACGAUGAUUGAGCAGAAGAAACGCCAGGACAUACCGUCUACCAGCUCGGUGAAUUCUGUGCCCAGCUCUUCCGGUAACUUGAUUCCAAACUCAAAUAACAAUGGCAACUUGUUGACACAACAUCCAACUAGAAAUCUAAACUUUGCAAGCAAUGCAGGCAGCACCAACAACCCGACCAGUAUGUACAGUACUGGUCAAAACUACUCCGGAAAUGUGGCUCGCUUUAACAACCAACCAAACACUAACAUACCUAACACCUUAACCUCAAACGCGUAUCCGACUGAUCGUGGAUAUGGCGGAUCAGGCGGAUCCGGCGGAUUUCAAAGCAAUCAAUUUGGCACUGGAACUCCGGCGAUGAAUCCAAGCAGCGUUUUGCGAAACGACUUGACUACGUCGUCGCUAUUCAACUUCAACACCAAUUUGAACCCAUCUUACAACAACCUCAACCGGAGGAACCCUAAUUUUUAAUUAAAAGCUAUUAGAAUUAAACACAACACUUACAUGGAAUCCUUAUUAAUGUAAUCGCAUCACUUUCAAAUCAGCUACAUUCAUUGAAUAUUUGUACAACAUUUGACCGAUGUAAUGUAAAUAAAUCGAUUUUAUAAUUGAAAUCAUUUGUUCUUAAUUAUAGUAAUAAAAGGAGGAAGUUUAAAGAUAGUACAUUUUAUAAAUAAAAAUACUUGUCUUAAAUAUAAAAAAA